UAAAGUCCACUGCCACUGCCAGAAAAAAAAAAGCAAACCCCCCGAAGUCAACAACUUCCUUGGAGUAGCUGUUUCUUGGACGGUCCUUGUAAGCGGUCUGGAAAGUCGCGAGAUAAACCCCAACUAAGUUUGUUGUCCUACAUUAGUCGGCGAUGGAUGCCAUAAGGUCGGCUGGAAGAGCUAUCAUUAAAAAACCAAGUAUCGCGAAACAGUCUUGGAAUGCGGGAAAACAUAAAAAGCUUGCAGAGAACUGGACAGACACAAGAGAGACUGUUGUCGAUGGCAUGACCUUCUACCUUCGCCGCCUAGGCAUGACCCUGGUGGACCAGCCCAAAGGAGAGGAUCUGUCAGCCACUGCCGUCAAGAGGAUCGUUGCCACGGCCAAAGCCAGUGGAAAGAAGCCCCAGAAGGUGACCCUAAAGGUCUCUCCUCAGGGCAUUAUGUUGUAUGACAGUCUGACCAAUCAGCUUUUGGACAACAUCUGCAUAUACAGGAUAUCGUACUGCACGGCGGACAGGCUUCAUGACAAGGUGUUCGCCUAUAUCACCCAGAACCCGCUCAACGGAACACUGGAGUGCCAUGGCUUCCUCUGCUCCAAGAGGAAAGUGGCCAAGGCUGUGACGUUGACUGUAGCACAGGCCUUUAAAGUGGCGUUUGAGUUCUGGCAGGUGGCCAAAGGAGAGAAGAGGGUGAAGUCAGGCUCGGCUGGAGAAGCAGACAACAGCAGCUCUCCGUCCCUGAGUUCCAACAGCCUGCCUGGAUUGACACAAGAUGUUGCCACGGGUAACUUAUUGGACCUGGGGGAACUGGCUCACAUUGCUAUGGUGUUGGAAAGCAACGGCAACGAGGAAACCAACAGAAACAAGGAAUUCCAGGUGGAUGAUGACACUGCUCUUGAGAGCAAUGACAACAACAACAUUGUCUGGAAACUUGAGGAAGACUUGGAUGAGGCUUUUUCAAGUCUGGCAGUGUCCCGUACAAACCCUCAGAUCCUGGACAUUGGGCUGACCCCCAAGGAUUGGCUGUCCGAACCUGACUGGGCCAAUGGUAACGCUCCCAACAGGAACACAGCCAACGGAGAUGGAUUCUAUGGCUUCUGAUCUUUGUUGACUGUGAGGCCCAAUCACACAGCGCCCCCUGGGGAUACUAUUCUAAAGCUACAACACACUGGGUGAACCUGUCAGAUCCUCCCAGAGCUCCACAAGGAAAUAGGGGACAGGAUUUAAGGGUUGAGGCCGUAAAGGGGUCAACUCGGGCGCCGUUCUAAACCAAGUCCUUGCCUUCAUGGUUAUUGUUAGUUGCCUUCGUCCUUAUUCUUGGUUGACUUCCCUCUUAGUGAUCAGAGAUAACAUGGCGCUACCAGGAACCAUCAUUGGCUGGAUGAGAGUGCCUGAUUUGGGACAUGAGUGUCUGAAGUGUCCCUUCCAACCAAACCGCCACCACACGCCAAAGCAGUUAUAAUUCAGCCUAUGAUUCAACUGUACAUUUUAUCAUCCACAUGAAUCUCUAUCAGAAGUUGCAUUGUUUAUUUUAUUUACUAUUUUCUUUCAUUUGUACAGUCCAGUAUUAUCUUGAUGCAUUUUGCGUCUGCUGAAAUGUGUGUAUAUAUAUUUUUUUUUUUUUGCAAGAUGUAUGAUUUCAGUCAUAUUUAUGUUGAGAUUUUGAGCUAAACUUUGCCUGUGUUGUGUACAUUAACACCUAGCCUUAACAACGUCAAAGCAAGACAAUCUGUUUUGGUACUUCUUUUUAUUGGCAGGGACAUAUUUCUUGCUUGCCGAUGUCUGCAUCAGCAGGCGUGAAAGCUUUGAAACAGAGGAGCUUACCGAAGUUGUCGCAACGUAAACAUUUUGUUCCUACUGUCUACUUGAUUGAGAUUCACGACUGAAUUGCCAGCUGCAGUGGUCAGUUUCACUCUCCUGUAAUUAGCUGAUCCUCACCUCCAAUGGACCAAUGUAUUAUGUAAUACUGUACAGUAGAGCAGCGUGUAACUUUGAAUAAAGAAUUUAAU